ACAGCGCGCGUCUCAAACUCAUCUCAACUUGUAGAUCGUCGCGAAAGCAUAAUAUCGGUAAUUUGUCCGAUAUUAUGCGUCAUUAUGACGGGAUCACUUUCAUUACUUGAGAGAUGGAAGCAGAACUCAAAUCAAAUUUGACUGCUUCUGGAAAAAUUUACAAACUGUCGAGGUGACGCACCCAUCGUUUUACGACAGUUUGACCUUCAAGCGCACAACAACCUCCGUCAAGGAACGAUGCCGCUGGAUCGUCGUCCGACGAGGUUGCGAGUUAAAAAACAUAGUAAAAAGCAGAAAAGUGAUGAAGAAAUAGAAUCUGAUAGUGAAGCGAGUUCCGUUGGAUCUGAGACAGAGUCUGAUAUCUCAGUACAUGAAAGUGCUCACGAGAAAAAAGUACGACUCACAAAGAAGGCUAUUCAAAAAGCGCUUGAAACAGUUGGUUCGGAUGACGAAAAGUACGAAGCACUUUCCUUACGUCUCAAAGAGGAGGCACUACAGGCUAAAGGAAAGUUUUUAGCGAAGUUCGCACAUCAGAUCAAAUUCUUGAAUAAGGAGGAAAUUAUAGUUCUUAGAGGUCAUAGAAAAUCUGUCUCUUGUGUAUGUAUUUCUGAAGACGGUAAAUUUGCCUACACUGGAGGGAAGGAUUCUUCAGUAAUUAAAUGGGAUCUAAGCACUAUGGUAAAACUGUGUUCUAUACCUGGAGGGAAACGUGGAACAAAAUAUCCCUAUCAUACUGGCCCGAUUCUGUCUAUUUCCAUAUCCAGUGACAGUAGAUAUUUAGCUUCCUCCGGUAUGGACCAUUCCGUUAUAAUAUGGAACCCAAAUGAUAUGAAAGUUUUCAUGAAACUACUGCACCAUAAGGUACCAGUUACAGCUGUUAGUUUUAGAUACCAUUCACACAUGUUGUUUACAGCAGAUUGUUCUGGUCGUGUUUGUGUUUGGAAUAUGCCUUUGAAAGAGGUAUUACAAGACCAAGGGGCAAGAACAAAUAUCGAAGUGUUAGGAUUAUGUGGUCUGGUAUCUGAACGAUGUGUUUCAUGUUCUGGGUUUGGUGGUCCCGGCGUUUGCGUCUGGAAAGUUCCAGAAGAAAUAUGUGUUCAGUAUAGUACAAAGAACACAUUAGAGUAAGUUUCAGUAUACUUUUUAGUAAUUUGUUGCCGUUGAAAUUUACUGUAUAUCUCAUUAUGAAUGCUCUUGUUUUACUAAAUUACAGGAGUUCAGUAGAAUGCAUUUAUGCAGUCAAUGACGAAAUUUUCAUAGGGGGUUCUUCUACAAAGUAAGUUUUAUCAAUUCUGUCGAGUGUUUCAUUACAGUUUGUCUAUUCAUAUGCAAUUUACAAUUCACUCCUCUCUAUUCAUUUUAGUACUAUUUAUAUCUGGCAUUCAAGUAGAGGUAGCCCUGUAUUUACUGUUUCUCCUGCUCACCCUGUGGCAAAAUUAUGUCCACCGUCGAUAUCAGAACCUUUUAUCCGACCAGUUGCGAAUUGGGUUUCUGCCAUUACUGGUCUAUAUGGAACUGAUCUAAUUGCUUCAGGUUCCUCCACAGGGCACAUACAAUUUUGGCGACUUGUUCAGCCACAAUGGGAUCGUUCAAAUGAAGUUAAAGUACAACAGCAACAACAACGAACACAAAUCAGUAUUGAACGCAUACCUAGUUUGAGUAUUUCACUGGGUGGUUUUAUCAAUGGGCUGGCUUUCUCUUCUGAUCGUCGAUAUUUAGCUGUUUGUCUAGGUCAGGAACAUCGGUUCGGUCAUUGGGAGCCUAGGCGUCAUGUCACCAAUGGUUUAUUUCUAAUCCCACUGAAUGUAUCCUAGUUUAUGAUUACCUCAUGGUGAUUAACUUAACAGAAAUUGUAAAUCAAAAACUUUUUUAAAAUAAACUUGUUUUGAUACAG